AUGUCAAGCCCAUACGCACCUCUUCUCAAGUGGCUCCACCGCCCGGCCGCUCGCCCCUCCCACCAGCGCGGCCACCCUGUCUUUCCUCUCCUAGGCAUUGGGCCCUUCCUGCCUCACUGCCCCUCCCUCCUCGCACGCCCAAUUGUUUUUCCCACCCGCCCUUGCUUCCCGUUUCCUAACAGGGAUGAGGUGGGGGUUGAGGGCGCGGCGGGGGAGGGCGUGGCCAGGGAGGGCGUGCGUGUGCGGGUGAGGGGCAGCGCAGUCGAUCUGGCGUCCAUGGGGGGGCUCUUCCUCAGAGAGCGGGUCAGCUGGGGCCAGGAAUGGGUGGACCAAUUGCGAGCUGACACGUGGAUGCAUGCCUUCAGCUUCACCGGAGCACAGCAGCAGGAGGCAGGGAGGGAGAGGCAGGGUUGGGAUGAGGGUGGCGACAGGGGCAACAGCGACAAAGAUGUGAAGAGCGGAGGGGUCAGUGCUGCAGGUUAUGCUGGUGCUGCACCACAGGAGAGGGACACUGGGAAUUCAACGGCAGAGGGGGAAAGUGCUGGGACUGCAAUGCGAGAGGGAGGGAGUGCAGGGAGUGCAGUAGAUAGUGGUGACAGCGGUGCUGUUGACGUCUUCCAAGUGUUGCUCGACGCCAGCCACGGCACCGCAGAGGUGCUUGUGGAGCUGCCUCUCCGUGCGCACUCAGGCUCACAGCCCCGGUGGGUGCUGGUAAAGCUGCUCCUCACUGUCGCCGACCAAGCGCCCAAUCGCCUCCUCGUUCGUGUGCCUGCUGGAUAA